AGUGUGUGACACGCGCGGGGAGCGGCGGCGGCCCGCGGGAGGAGGAGGAGCGGGGAGUCCCGGCGCGGCCGCGGGAGCCCCCGGGCGGGCGGCGGCGGCGCCCCCGGAAGGUGGCGGCGGCGGGAGCUGCCGUAGCGGUCGGGAUUCACCGCGGUGGUGGCGGUUGGCGCUGAGCGGCGGGGGAGCGCGCCGCGCGGCGGGGAGCGUGCCCGCGGCCCCCCCCCUUCCCCCCCGCUCCCUCGCCCCCCCUCCCCGGGGCCGCCGCCACCGCCUCUCGGGCUGAUCCCCCCCGCCCGGACCAUGGCCGACGACGACGUGCUGUUCGAGGACGUGUACGAGCUCUGCGAGGUGAUCGGCAAGGGUCCAUUCAGCGUUGUGCGGCGAUGUAUCAACAGGGAAACAGGGCAACAGUUUGCUGUAAAGAUUGUCGAUGUAGCAAAAUUCACUUCAAGUCCUGGAUUAAGCACAGAAGAUCUGAAGAGGGAAGCCAGUAUUUGUCACAUGCUGAAGCAUCCUCACAUUGUUGAACUCUUGGAGACAUACAGCUCAGAUGGAAUGCUUUAUAUGGUCUUUGAGUUCAUGGAUGGAGCAGAUCUGUGUUUUGAAAUUGUGAAGAGAGCAGAUGCUGGAUUUGUGUACAGCGAGGCUGUAGCCAGUCAUUACAUGAGACAGAUAUUGGAAGCUCUACGUUACUGUCAUGAUAAUAAUAUAAUUCACAGGGAUGUGAAGCCACACUGUGUUCUGCUUGCCUCAAAAGAGAAUUCAGCCCCUGUAAAGCUUGGUGGCUUUGGGGUAGCAAUUCAGCUAGGAGAGUCUGGGCUAGUUGCCGGAGGACGUGUAGGAACACCUCAUUUUAUGGCCCCAGAAGUGGUAAAAAGGGAACCUUAUGGGAAGCCUGUAGAUGUUUGGGGUUGUGGCGUGAUCCUUUUUAUCCUGCUAAGCGGUUGUUUGCCUUUUUAUGGAACCAAGGAAAGAUUAUUUGAAGGCAUCAUUAAAGGAAAAUACAAGAUGAAUCCUAGGCAAUGGAGCCAUAUUUCUGAAAGUGCCAAAGAUCUGGUACGCCGCAUGCUUAUGCUGGAUCCAGCAGAAAGGAUAACAGUAUAUGAAGCACUGAAUCAUCCCUGGUUAAAGGAGAGAGAUCGCUAUGCAUACAAGAUUCAUCUUCCAGAAACAGUAGAACAAUUGAGAAAAUUCAAUGCAAGAAGAAAACUAAAGGGGGCAGUACUAGCGGCUGUGUCAAGCCACAAAUUCAACUCCUUCUAUGGUGACCCCCCUGAAGAGCUGCCAGACUUCUCUGAAGACCCCACCUCCUCAGGACUUCUAGCAGCAGAAAGAGCAGUCUCACAGGUGCUGGACAGCCUGGAAGAAAUUCAUGCACUUACAGAUUGCAGCGAAAAAGAUUUAGAUUUUCUUCACAGUGUUUUCCAGGAUCAGCAUCUUCACACGCUACUAGAUCUUUAUGACAAAAUAAACACAAAAUCUUCACCACAAAUCAGGAAUCCUCCAAGUGAUGCUGUACAGAGAGCCAAAGAGGUAUUGGAAGAAAUUUCAUGUUACCCAGAGAACAAUGAUGCAAAGGAGCUAAAGCGUAUUUUAACACAACCUCAUUUCAUGGCCUUACUUCAAACUCAUGAUGUAGUGGCACAUGAAGUUUACAGUGAUGAAGCGCUGAGAGUUACACCUCCUCCCACGUCUCCAUACCUAAACGGAGAUUCUCCAGAAAGCGCCAACGGCGACAUGGAUAUGGAGAAUGUAACACGAGUUCGACUGGUGCAGUUCCAGAAGAACACAGAUGAACCAAUGGGAAUCACUUUAAAAAUGAAUGAGCUGAACCAUUGCAUUGUGGCAAGAAUUAUGCACGGAGGAAUGAUUCACCGGCAAGGUACGCUACAUGUAGGAGAUGAAAUCCGAGAAAUAAACGGAAUCAGUGUGGCAAAUCAAACUGUAGAACAACUACAAAAAAUGCUUAGGGAAAUGCGUGGGAGUAUCACCUUUAAGAUUGUGCCAAGUUAUCGCACGCAAUCUUCAUCCUGUGAGAGAGAUUCCCCCUCUACAUCCAGACAGUCCCCAGCUAAUGGUCAUAGCAGCACUAACAAUUCUGUUUCGGACUUGCCAUCGACCACACAACCAAAAGGACGACAGAUAUAUGUAAGAGCACAAUUUGAAUAUGAUCCAGCAAAGGAUGACCUCAUUCCUUGCAAAGAAGCUGGCAUCAGAUUCCGAGUUGGUGAUAUUAUCCAAAUCAUUAGCAAAGAUGAUCACAACUGGUGGCAGGGUAAACUUGAGAACUCCAAAAAUGGUACUGCGGGUCUUAUUCCUUCUCCUGAACUUCAAGAAUGGCGAGUUGCUUGUAUUGCCAUGGAGAAGACCAAACAGGAGCAACAGGCCAGCUGUACUUGGUUUGGAAAGAAAAAAAAGCAGUACAAAGACAAAUAUUUGGCAAAGCACAAUGCAGUGUUUGAUCAAUUAGAUCUCGUCACGUAUGAAGAAGUAGUAAAACUGCCAGCAUUCAAAAGGAAAACACUAGUUUUACUAGGUGCACACGGUGUUGGAAGAAGACACAUAAAAAACACACUCAUCACAAAACACCCAGACAGAUUUGCUUACCCCAUUCCUCACACAACUCGACCUCCAAAGAAAGAUGAAGAAAAUGGGAAAAAUUACUACUUUGUAUCACAUGACCAAAUGAUGCAGGAUAUAUCAAACAAUGAAUAUUUGGAAUAUGGCAGCCAUGAGGAUGCAAUGUAUGGGACAAAACUGGAAACAAUACGAAAGAUCCAUGAGCAGGGACUAAUUGCAAUACUUGAUGUAGAACCUCAGGCAUUGAAGGUCCUGAGAACUGCAGAGUUUGCUCCUUUUGUUGUUUUUAUUGCUGCACCUACGAUUACCCCAGGCAUUAAUGAGGAUGAGUCUCUUCAGCGCCUGCAGAAGGAGUCGGAAAUCUUACAGAGAACAUAUGCACACUACUUUGACCUAACAAUUAUCAACAAUGAAAUUGAUGAAACUAUCAGGCACCUGGAGGAAGCCAUCGAGCUUGUGUGUACAGCCUCACAGUGGGUCCCGGUCUCCUGGGUCUACUAGACCGGUCACGAGAGAAUUGAAAAAAAAAAAUUUAAAAAAUCUGUCAUUACUGGGAUCCACCUCAUACAUGGAAAACCUCUUCGUUAUUGACCUUGUGUCAACAGGUCUUGGCCCCUAGAGACUACCUAGAUGUAGUGUGACCUAAAUUUAUAAUUAUUGUCAUGUCCAAAUAGAUAGGAGGAGGGGGAAAAACAAAUUAAACACUAAUUUAAAGAGACAGUAUCUUUUUUUAAUCAUUUCUCCUAAACUUUAAUAAAAUGUAUCUUUAAAUAUAUGCAUUAUUCAGUCCUUUGGAAUGUUAUAUUUUUGGAAAUCAUAGCUUUUUAUUUCAAGGGCCCCUAAAAACUGCACAAAAUAGAUGCUGCUUUCUAUAAUCUAUUUUAAUAGUAAUAAUAAUAAUAUGAUUCUGUUACCUUAACUUGGGGGUGGAACACUACAUUCUUUUUAGGGUCUGAUUUUAUGAAUUGGAAUACUUUGCUUUCCUUUAUUUAUUUGAAAUAAUUAGUCUAGUGGUUACGAAACAAAUUCAUGAAUUUUAAAGGCCUUUCUUCGCUUUUUUUUUUUCUAGGAUAGUAUUUUUAAGUACUUUUGUGUAACAUCCAGAUAAUGUGAUACUGUCUCUUUGAAGAACUCUGUAAAACUUUUAGAAAUUUGAAAUUGGGUCUUGACUCUUAAUGCAUGUGGACAGUCGCAAGCGUUCAUGCCGUUGGUGUAUCUGUGUUGAAAAAACCUGUAAUCUACAGCAAAGUACAUUCCGUUCAUGGGAACACGUACCCAAGGGAAUAAAGUAAAAUAUUAUUCUGACUAAGUUGUAAACCUAUGCACAUCCCUUGCAUUUUGGGCAACUUUAUAAAAAAAAAAACAAACUGAUUUUUAUUAAUAAUAAUCAUGUAGUGAAAUGUGUUUGUAAUUUUGUCUCAAUUUAAUUUGUUGUAAGGUGGGAGGGGGCAAUUACUGGUUUCACCAUUUCAGAUCUGUGUUGUCUGAGAGUAUUAACGUUUUAAUUAAGUUUAAGCAAAGAAAUGCUGAUUUUUAAUAUGUAUGUAAUUGUUAAAAAAUGCACACAUUUUAAAAGAAAAUACUGUGCAAUGAAGAAACCAGUUUAGGCAUUGCGAUAAACUGACUAUUCCAAAAGACUCAUCUGCAACAGCCCUGUAAAUUCCUUUAAAAAUGGUAAUUGACUCUACAGUCUGACCAAUUUUUUUUAUUUUAAAUAUACUUCCUUUUAUGUGUUCAACAAUUAAGUGCUUUUGGGUCCUUCAUUUCAUCACAGGGAGUUUCAAGAACAAAUCAGUGACUCUUGCAGUGAGAAAAGGUUUCUUAAAGUCUGUUAAGGGAAGCCCUGCCAGGGGCACAGCCUGUUCCAGGAGCUCAGGUUGAACAAAUUUAGAAUUAGAGCAGACCCAAGAAAGAAAAUUUAACCACGUGCUGACCUGGUGCUUUGCUUCCCUUCUUCUUGCUCUCACUGGCCCAGGUGGUUUGCAAAUUUUUUUCUGAAAAUGGUUAACAGAAGCGAGCAUUGCCACCAAGAGGUGUUCCUUAAAAUUAUUUAUUUCAAAAGCUUGGUCGGCUGUGCUGCUGUGUAUAGUAUGACAUUCCGUGUUUAGAUUAAAAUGAUACAGUGUUCUCAAAGGACUUAUCCUCAAAGUUGAACUAUCAUCAGCUGUAAUUGAUCUGUGGGCUGUUCCAGUUGUUUGGCAACACUGUGCAUGUCAUCGGAAAAGGUUCUCACAGUCAAACCUUUAUCAUAGGGGUCAUUACCAUAAAGUGCAUAGGUUGGCAGUUUUCUCCUACUGCAGGUUAGGUGGUCAAAUCUCGGUCCUUCUCGUAAAAAUCCUUGGAUGAAAUCUCAGUCCAGCCAGGCAUUCCAAACAGCCAGGUCGGGCAGGGUGUUUCUUCCGUGCAGCAUUCCCAGCACAGCGCCCAGCCUGCAGCGCAGGAGGGAACUUGAUCCAUCUCUUUACCCUACCUGCUGAACCCACUUACGCUACCGCUGGAAUCACAGUUCUGUGAUCGCGUUCCAAAGCAAGUACCGUAACCAAGUACCUUGAGUUUGUAGUUUGCGGAGUGUUGGAAAACAGCCGAUGAGAAUGUGUAUGGGCCUCACGUAAGGAAGGCAGAGAGUAAGAAGGAACCUGUUGGAGUAAUAGUAGCUGCUCAUCUGUUCUGAAUUUAGCCCCUGUAAAAGGGGAUAGGUACAAACCGUGAACUAUUUAGUGAGUAAGAGGUAAUUUUUCAAGCAGUUGUGCCGUCUCAUUUUAGUCCUGGAUGAACUUUAGGAGGUGUUCUACAGGAACAGCACACAAUCGGCUCUUGCAAUGGGAGUAUUACAGUCUAGCUGAGCUCAUCGAAGUGACAGGUUGCUUCACUCUCAAAACUACCUCUUUUCCCAGUAAAGCACAAAGAUGAGAAGACCUACUGAAAAUCAAGCAGUGGAGUGUUUCUGGUGUUAGGAAUACAAACUUCUUCUCUGGUAAGCAUUGGUGUCUGACUUCAGUGACACAUUCUUCAUCUCAAAUGUUUAUGACAUUAAACAGGUAAAGUAAUUUUGAUAAUUUGGGUAUAGUCCACCAUAAAUGUUUUGACUACACACUUUUGACUCUGUUAUUGUGAAUUUCUUGGAGUUUCUGUGUAUCCAGUCUGAAAGGAUAGAAAACUCAUGAGGCCCAUGAGGGUGCUUCUGCCUUAUGUAGAUGACAGUAAGUAGUGAUUUAAUGUAACUAAUACGCUUUUCUUCUCUCAAGUGGAGCUACCAUUCAGUUAAUAUUACACAGUAGAAAGAGUAACUUGGAGAGCUUUGGGCCUUUUAUUCUCACUGUAUAAUAGCCUAUUAUCAGGAGACAAAAACUGUAAAGCACAUCAGUUAGCGUACUGUCCUGCCUCCUCUUUACCGCAGACUGUUUUCCUUGUAGGAACCUUCAGUAGCAAAAGAUUAACUUGGAACCCCCCUAGGCUUUAAGUACAGCUGAACCAUGCAGCCCGCUGAGCUCCAGGAACCGGUUUCAGCACAGUCCCAGGACGCGCAGAGCAAGCCCAGGACUCCUCAGUCUGCCCCGUGCACCUGGCCUCCCCUGCCUCCUGCCCGGCCUAAACCCCUCUGCUCCAUCCAUGUUGUUUGUGUGGUACAUAGAGGGCAAGAGGCUGCCAUAAAUUCAGCUGGAAGCUUCACUCGCAUAGGGAAGACUCAUGCAGGUGCAGAGCUAAUGUUGUGAUUUUUUAAUUUUUUUUCAGUCUCCGACUGGAGAAGGGUCCUCCUGGUACUGUAAAUAUCACUGCAUAAUUUAGAGCGCCUCUUGGACUUCUCUAAAUCUAUGCUGAAUGUGACCUCAGAAGCAGCCCUGGGAUUGGGAAGAAACAAAUAUUUCUGUUUGCCCCUUUUAUACUUCAUUUUUGUACGGGGGCUCAUAGAUUUGUAAAGAAAACUUGAUCUUACCAGUAUGCUGCCUCUCAGUCUGACUGAUGCCUGUGAUUUCAAGGUGUUAAGUUGGUCCAAUAAAUGUUCAUUAACCUCUGCUUCCAUUUACUUAAUAAAAGU